GACCCCUUCAGCCCUUCUCCUUUACUGAUAUCUCCUGCCAUGUACCGUUCUGUCAUUCCUCCGUUCCAUUCUUCCCUUUUUUAAGUCGAAGCCCUUCAUCCUUCGUGCUAGAUUUUCUCUCUCUUCAAGAAUUCUCUUUUCUAGCCUUUGUAAUUGCUUGGCAUUUGGGGAAGGACGCAUUCCAACUACGUACACUCAUUGAUACAGCCGUCGACUUAUAAUACACUCUUUUGCUACAACUAUUAUAUCAUUCAGCCUCGGCAUCUAAGAGGAAAAGAAUAGCUAGAGAACGGGAUAUCGUUACGUCAUUCCAGAGCUCGAUAAGACACUAUUGGGAGGGUUCAUUGAACAGAUCGAUUAUUCCACACCACAUAUCAUCAACCAAGCGAUCCCGGAGAUCACAAGUAAUUUAAUUAGGUCAAGAUGGGUUUCUUACGAUCAGCUAUUACCACGUCGCUGGUCCUUACCAGCAAUGCUGUCGCAUUGGAUCCCAUUAUUAUGAAGGGGUCGAAGUUCUUCACCAAGAGUGGCGAUCAAUUUUUCAUGAAAGGUGUGGCUUAUCAGCAAGAGGCUGGCGGCGGUCCCAGUGGCAGCACAAACUCCAAGAACAAGUAUGUGGACCCUCUGUCCGACGAAGACACUUGCAAGCGUGAUAUCCCGCUGCUUGAGAAGCUGGGUGUCAACACUAUUCGGACCUACGCCAUCGACCCGAAGGCCGACCACAGCGCGUGCAUGUCAUUGUUGGACAAGGCUGGCAUCUACGUUGUUGCCGACUUGGGCGAACCUGCCCUCUCCAUUAACCGCGACUCGCCUGCGUGGAAUGUCGAAUUGUUCGACCGCUACAAGGGUGUCGUUGAUAACCUUGGCAAGUACGAGAACGUUAUCGGCUUUUUCUCUGGUAACGAGGUUACCAACAACAACACGAACACCGACGCCUCUGCCUAUGUUAAAGCUGCCACCCGAGAUGUAAAGAAAUACAUUUCUGACAAGCAGAAGAACGGCGGCCGAUGGAUGGGUGUUGGGUACGCUGCGAACGACGAUGCCGAAAUUCGUGCCAACAUGGCCCAGUACUUCAACUGUGGUGAGCAGGAGAGUGCCAUUGACUUCUGGGGUUAUAACAUCUACUCCUGGUGCGGCAAGAGCAGCUUCACUGAGUCGGGUUACGACGUACAGGUCAAGUUCUUCUCUAACUUCUCCGUUCCCGUGUUCUUCGCUGAAUAUGGUUGUAACGCACCCGGCGGAGCUGAGGGUCGUCUCUGGGACGACACUACCGCUCUUUACUCCAGCCAGAUGACUGGUGUCUUCAGUGGUGGCAUUGUAUACAUGUUCCACCAGGAGGAGAACGACUAUGGUCUGGUCAAAGUUAGCGGUAACUCGGCAACUCCCAUGAAGAACUACAAGGCUCUGCAGUCCAAGCUUGCCGACGUCAAGCCCUCUUCUACUUCUAUGGCCGCUUACAACCCAACCAACUCUGCCGCUGCGUGUCCUGCCAUCUCUGACAACUGGAAGGUUGCUGGCGCUCUCCCACCUACCCCUGACAGUGAUCUCUGUGAUUGCAUGGUUAAAUCGUCGUCUUGUGUCCCCUCGGAUGAUCUUGCUGCGAAAGACUAUGGCAAUAUCUUCGGUUACAUCUGCAAGAACGACCCAUCUGCUUGUGCCGGUAUCAAGCACGACACUGCGACUGGCGUCUACGGCCCCUACGGUAUGUGCAAUGCUAAGGAUCAGCUGGCACAUGUCCUCAGCGCCUACUACAAGAACCAGAACAGUGCUUCGGACGCCUGCGACUUCAACGGUGCCGCGAAGGUUGUAUCUGCCAAGACUGACUCGAGCUGCGAAUCGUCCUUGGCUAAGGCCAACUCCGCUGUUGCCGUCGCUGCCACGGCUACCGCAGGUUCAGCUGUUACUUCGUCCACUGGCGGAUCUAGCGAGAACGCUGCUGCCCCAGCAUCCGUCCGUAUGACCCCCUUCCUCACUAUGGGAGACAUGGCCGUCGGUCUUUACAUGAUGGUGGCUAUGGGCGUCGGUGCUGGUAUGGUAAUGUUGUAAAAUGUUUACUUAGUGAGGUUGGAUAUGCCUGGCUAUCUGGUAUCGUAAUAUCUAGAUGGUCAUAUUGGCAUAAUUAUAUUGAGUGGUAGAAUUCGUGGAUGAAACCCUCGUGCAAUCGGUUCGUGUUCGUAUUGACAAGGCCUAUCUCUAUUGUAAUCAGUACUAGAUUUUGCAGGCUCUCGACUGCUCUCAUCAAUAGACUAAGAUAGCAGAAAGUCAUAAAGAUCGCUGUAUCGAUAUAAUGUUGUCUUAUGAGGGUAUAUGGCGUAUUAUUUAUAGCUUAAACGUAUUAGAUGAAACUAGUUGCUUGAAUCAAGUCUGGAACAUAUUGAUGGAAAAAGUACCUUCAUUUUUUAUGUCUGAUUCUUUCUCGCACUCAGGUAACGGGUGCUUUGCUCCUAUUGGCGCAUGCUAUGCGUUGUGUAUGGUACGAUGUUUCUGAG